AGGAACAAUCUUCCUGUUGACGAGCAGGUACUUCAUUGAUAUAGUUGGAACCAGCAACAUUAACACUUGGUGUUUCUUCGCCGGUUUCCGCACCGUCUCCGCGUCCUCUGUAGCGGGAAUCUACGUACUUGCAUUUAGGAGACCGGAAGGCAAGCUGUCGAUCAGACAUGGAGAUGCUGAGUAAAUGUUUCGCAGUGACCUGUCCGAGUACCACUCUCAAGCUGCGAAUAAGGAGAAAGAUGAAUAAAAACCAGGGAAAUAGAGCGAUGACAAGCAGAUCUAAGUCCCUCGGGCGCGUCUUCUGCGUUACGGGCGUUCACGCGCCGCCCCCUGUGAUGCAGCCUAUGGAAUCACCAAUAAACCGGAAAUUGAGCGCUACCGGUUCCCUAUCGAGCCAGUCAGAAACUGAUUCUAAUACUUCCGGUUACAUUUCAUCGUCUUCUAUGGAGAUUUCGAGCGAGGAGAAGCGACUGGUUCCCAAUGAGGACAAGGUGUACCGAGUAUGGGACCAGUGGAGCAUGCAUCGUGACGUCAUGCCCGGUCCGAAGAGCUCAACCCCAAAGCAGGAAACAGUGACUAUGAAGAGACGGUCAAACGUCACUUAUCAGUCGCAGUCGUUGCUGGCUAUAAAGAAAACUUUUAAUCACAGUUCUAAAUCAAAACCUAAUAUGAAGGAUGCAGUGAAAGCGUCGUGUGAAUCUGAUGAUUCGUUCUGGGGAAUUCAAACGCCUGUCGUGCAAAAGAGCUGCUCGGAGGGAGAUAUACGGGCGACGAAUGUAGGAAACUCUAUGAAAGGGAAACAAGUGAAGUCUCACGACGCAGGGCUCGAUAUUCAAACAACCAAAUCGAAAGCAACCCAAAGAGAAAUGAACCACCGAACAGACACUCACAAGCAGACAUUACGUGAUGAUCUCAGAAUGUCGUCUGCACAGACAACACGCGUGCCGUACAUUUCACAACCCGGCGCCGCUAAAUGUCGCCCUGCAGAACCGGAAAUGGUAGAGGACAGGCGGACACUCGCUAACAAACUGAGUAGAUCGUGUGCUGAUCUAGUAGGUGAAGUGGUGGACGAAUCCAUAAGUGAUUUUCUAUCAAACGUGGACACGAACAAUCUUGCAGGGUUUUUAGACUUUUACGAUAAGGUAACGAGUGGAGCUGCCUAUGAGCGGGCACGAAGGAAUACGAAAAACUACGAACCCGUUUAUUAUUAACAAUACCAUGUCAUCUGUUUGUAUAUACAUCAUAGUGCAAUUAUUUGUUUGUCUUUUCUUGGCAUAUUUUUUCAUCCUUCUUUGACAUGACAUCUACCGAAAUAAACAUAACCGUUUA